GUGAUUGCCGAUGGAAAAUGACACCUGGGCGCAGACAUUGUUCACGAUCACUCCAGAAGAGGAUGGCUAUCUCCGGGAGAUCACUGAUGAGACUGUUAUAUCAGCCCCAGAGGAUCUCCCACUCGUUUUGGAUACUGAAAAUAUCGCGUAUAGGGAAACCCUCGUGAAAAUUACCCGAGACUUCGUAGAUCCGCGUGAGCUCGAGAAAACUGAGUUUCAGGAGUCAGAAUGUCAGACGUACAUGAAGGGAAUUCCAAAGGUCGAGUACGUGAUUUCCCACCAAGAUGAAGCAAGUCAAACCCUCUUCAUCGGAAGAAACUGUCCACCACCUCCUGGACAGACUGCGAGGCCCGUCGUCGAUAUACUCAACAAGAAAGUUCUCCCGAAAUUGAAAAAGAGUCAGCUGGUGCAAACGAUAAUCACAGUCCUGGAAGAUCUCCCGCAGACGGCAUUCCUGGAAGGCCUCCUCCAAAAAAUUACGGACGAGGAACAGAACGAUCCUGAACUGAUGGUGAACGCCACCGAGACCGAGCUAACGAAAAUCGAGACCCUGGAUCUCUUGAAUUUUCUCCUCGAUCGUACAAUCUGGAUCGCUGACACCACUCCUGAUGUUCUCGUCCAGACUCGCGAUAUCUUGGUGGAAACCAAAAUAAAAUACAACGAACGUCUGACGGGUUUUAUGAUUGAUUUCGAGGGGCAGACGAAUCUCUCCUUGCAGCCCGCAAAAUCCACCUCGAAGUUGCUUGACGAUUAUUUAAAGGUCAAGCACUUCGUCGAGGAUGUUCUGGAGGGGGUGAUGGAUUCCGGAGUCCAUGAUCGGAUAUUCGUCGACGAUUUCGUUGAUGAGAUCAUCGAUAGGUGCAGUGAAUUCGUUCGUCUGCCCCUGAAAGACGAGGCCAUUCAGACUUUAGCCUCCGGUCGACCCUUCGACGCUAAAGAUGACGAGAUCCUUGAGACUCUCAGGAGAUCCGUGAUCGCGGACCCGGUGCAGACUACGGAGAUGGUCCUCCCAAUAGUCAGUCAUAUUUUGGAUAGAGUUUCAGAAAUAGUAGCGGUGGACUCUAGAGCUGCUGCACAAUUUGUCGUGGACAAAGUAGUUCAUAAAGCCAAUGCCAUCGGAAAAAAAUUGUACGACAUUAAAAAUGCUGGACGGGGUCCUCCAAUCGACGAAAUAUUCGCCCUGAGGAGACGGAAAUUAAUGGUGUCGAUGCCGAAGAAGAGGGAAAUGGAGGAUGCGUCGACUCAGACGGGUCUCGCUGGAGUUCCACAAAUUCGGAAAUUCCAGGAGAAUAAAGAAGUCGUUUGUUGCGUUUGUCCGACGAAUUCCAAGUGUCGCUGGUGCUCGGAAGAAAAUACACCUCCGAAAGACAUGAGGCCAUUUCGAACACAGGAUAUUUUACUUGCAUACAAACCGUGCUACGUGGUGAUGGAUCCUGGUGAUGCCACUCCGGACAUGAAGCGACCGUGCGCUCAGGACCCUCCGGUUCAGAUUGCAUUUUCCGAUCACGAGACAUCGACGGAGUUGUUGAAUUCUUCUGAGCGAUGCUCCUGCAUGAUCCAAACAGAGGGCAAACUGGAUGUUGCAGAAUCAACAAGUGGCUGGUCCCACGUGAUCGCCACAGAUGCGUGGCUCCUCCCCUCGACCCCCAGUCAUCAGAGUAAAUCGACAAUGUCCGUGAAAAUAUCUGAAAGCAACUGCAAGUCCACGAGAUCCCAGAUCCCAAUCCCAAAAACUACAAUGGAGGCCCUGCAGGUUCUCAAGAGUACAUUCUGCAACCGCGAAACUUGUCCGGGUGUUUCCAGCAUCGAAGAUCCGAACCGUAUGCCCCAAGAAAUAGUCCCAGGAACAUCGCGAAAAAAUCAGAACGUCGUCUGCACGAACUACCCUCCACCAGACAGUGAUGAGUGCAUUUGCGAUUAUUUCAACGAUCAAAUUCAAAAUAAAUUGAAAAUUCUGGAAAUUCAAUUGCAAAUAAAAUCGAAAAAACCUGAACGAUAA